AUGUGGAAGGCUCCCGUGCUGCUCUUGGUUUUGGGGAGCGCGUGGCUCUGGGUCCCGGCGCAGGGAGCCAUCACAGGCCAGCUAGAAGAUGACCUUGUGACCCCAGGUGCAAAAGACGACUCAGUUACUCCAGCUAUAGAAGACAACAUCGUGACCACAGGCACCACUGAAGAGUUCUCUGCGUCUUCUGGCCCAACGGCUCUGGCGCCAACAAAUGCAGAGAGUAGAACAGACGUUCCCAUUGAGGAUCUGCCCACCCAAGAAGGCUCAGUCCACACCCACGAAGAAAGCCAUAGCACCACAGUCCCUGAUGUAGCAACUAGCCGCUCCAAAGAGAAAGUAGCUGAAGAGACAGAAACAACAGUCGAGAAAGAUGGCUUGGCCACAGUGACCCUGGUCGGAAUCAUCGUUGGGGUCUUACUGGCCAUCGGUUUCAUCGGAUGGAUCAUCUUUGUGGUUGUGCGGAAAAUGUCGGGAGGGUACUCGUAA